GUGCGCAGAACUCACACACAACCCUUAAUCAAGCUUUCCAGGUCUCAAAUGCUUUACAGCAGAGAUGAAAUCGCCAUUAUUUCUCUCUCUUCUCUUGGUGCUUAGUGGUGUAGCUGUAGGUAAAGUAAGAUACUAUCAUUACAUUCCUAUAAAAAUGAACUGGACUGAUGCUCAGAACUACUGCAGAGGAACCUACACAGAUCUGGCCGCUAUUGCUACCGCCGAGGAAAGCCAGGCAGUUAUAGAGAUUGCAAAAACCUAUCAAAAUAACUUUUGGAUUGGGAUGAACAAAAUCUUGGCGUAUGACAGCUGGGGAUGGUGUGAUGGAGAACAAACCAAUAUAUUUAACUGGAUUCCCGGUGAGCCCAAUAAUUAUUUAAAUAAUGAGAACUGUGUUGGUACAAGUAUAACUGGCUGGUUUGAUUACUCCUGUUCAGGAGUUUUUCCCUUUCUGUGUCACUGGAACAUCAUCUUGGUGAAGCAGAAUAAGACUUGGGAAGAAGCGCUACAGUAUUGUAUGAAAAACUACCUAGGCUUGGCCUGCCCGUCUUCUGCCUCAAAAAUACUUUUCACCGAAACGGAGGCUGCGCAAUCCCAAACCGUGAGCGUGUGGACUGGGCUGCACUUCAUGAACGGAAGAUGGUUCUGGUUGAGCUGGGAAACUACCAUGAUUUCACUGCCCUCAUGUCCAGUAAAAAACUACCGCUGUGGAGCUCGCAACCUCAAGACACAUACCUGGGAGAACAGACACUGCAAUGAGAAGCUUAAUUUCAUCUGCUACACAAGAUGAUUUUCUCCAAGCAAGACAUUCUGGAUGAACGCUAAGCGUGUCAGAGUAACAGUCCUUACGUUUUACGGCUAUUUCUGAACAAAUCUUGUUUGAGGAAUGUUUAGUUUUUGGUUUCUGGUGGUUUGCAAGCAGACGUUAAAUCAAUAAUAAGUUAGUUUUAUGUCUCUGCUGUAACUUCAGCCUUUUUAGAAUUUACCAAAAGGUUGGGUCUGGUGUCGAUCUUUCUGAUAUAUCACCCAGGUUAAGAUCCCUCAUUCCUGCAAUAAAACCGCAGGCCUUUUCUUUAGCCCAUUGCGGACUUGUGUCAGAGGCAUUAGUUUGCAGGCCGUUGGUGAGUAGUGGAGUCGAUCGUGGGGCUCUAACGCUGUGCUUACUGUCCCUGCUGGCGGAUUUAUGACCUGCAAUGAUGAAAGCUCUCCAGGCCAGCUUGUAAAUUCAGCUUCGUGUCCAGGGCAAGGUCUAAUGCAUUAUCACUGAAUGUACUAAAGGUUGCAAUGCUGUCAAAGCCCUGCUGGGCUGCACAGAGAUUUACAGACGAGGCUGCACGUAGCUCCGAUCGCUAAAGCUUUGUUGAAGGGAAAAAAAAAAGUCCAUUUUUUCUUUUCCAAACACACAUUAUGAACUCCUACUUGCCAAUUUUCUUUUUUGGAAUUUGACUGCUUAUGAAUAAAAGAAAAGGGAAAAAAACAUGAAAGAGUGAACAAUUUGCUUUUCACAGUUAUUCAUGCUCAAUGCUAGACAAAAAAAAGUCUGUAAUUAUCCAGCUCUGACUAUUUAUGAAGGGAUGAAGAAGUCUGAACAGGGCUCCUGGGUGGAGCUGGAACACGCACUGACAAUGCUCUAAUUGCACGCUAAAGAGCUAUAAUUACACCACCAACCUCUUUCUUUCUUGCUUCCUUUCAUUCUCUUUUUUGUGCCUUCUAUUCUGUAUCCAAACUUGUUACACCUAACCAGAGAUGUUCUUCUCACGUACCUAAAGGUACGUCAAGUGAAGAAAUGAAUACCUAGCAUCAUUAGCCAGUGAGCAAUUAAAUUAGUGUAUACAUUAGCAGCCCAUGGAGCUCUUUUAAUCUCUUUCUGUGCAAAUAACCCUGUUCAUGUGACUAAAGUUAAGCAGAGAGAUGGCAUUGUUAUCUCCUGACGAAAAGGAAAACCUCGUCGACCUCGCCGACCUUUCUCAAACCAGACGCAUGCCCAGUAAUUAGAAGCCAUCGGAGUGGCACAAUAUAACAACUUACAGGUAGCUCUUUUCAGUUCCACAUUAGUCAAAAAUAAAAAAUAAAAAAAAAAUACCUCCACUGAUAAUUAGAAGUAAUGUUCUAUACUGUCCAUGAAAUAAAGUAAUUUAGAAAAACUGUUGCUUCAGCUACCCUUUAGAGACUCCUGUAGUCUUUUAGUGAUUUUAUUUUAAUGUAUUUUCAUUUAUUUCUUUCAUUUUAUUUGUAUUUUUUUCAUUGCUGUUUAGAAUUGCUUUUUUGAUUCGAUUGUACAUCA